GUUUGGGCGAGAGAGAAAGAGAGAGAGAAAGAGAAAGCGAGUAAGUCCAUAUUAUUAAUUAUUUUUUUGUAUUUCACAUGUGCCACUGUGACUUCUCUCCCUACACGCCACCAUCUCCACCACCUCCUCCCUCCUCCCUCCUCCUCCGUUCUUCGAUUCCCAAUUCUCAUACGACCCCUAGGGUUUCGUUUUUUUUUUUUUUUCUCAUUUUUAUACAACUCUUUUAAUUCCACGAUUACUUCACCACCACCGUCCCCCGAUCUUUUUAUAGAACUCAGAUCUUUUUCCGAUUUGUGAAAUUUUGGAGCUGGAGAAGUGUUCUUUGGCUGUCACGAAGAGCCGAUGCCGGAAAUCGAUCUUAUGAGAGUCGAUCAUUGUGUUUCCGAUCUGAAUUUGGAUGCUAAACCUCCUGGUUUCUUCGAUUCUGGUGGCUCUGUAGAUUUGGAUGUGAAGCUAGAAGACGACGAAGAUGAAGUACAAGAAGAAGAAGAAGAUUCGGAUUGUUUGAAGAAGAAGAAGAAGAGCGUUGGUCGUUCGACUAAACGUGGUCGUCCCCCGAGGACUUUGGGUUGUAAAGCUUCUUCGUCUCCUGUUUCGAGGAAGAGGAGAGAAGAUGAGGAUGUUUGUUUUGUUUGCUUCGACGGUGGUAGUCUUGUUCUCUGCGAUCGUAGGGGAUGUCCAAAAGCUUAUCAUCCAGCUUGUGUUAAGCGUACUGAAGCAUUCUUCAGAUCAAGAGCUAAAUGGAACUGUGGUUGGCAUAUAUGUACUGCUUGUCAAAAAGAUUCUUUCUACAUGUGUUAUACUUGUCCGUAUUCAGUUUGUAAGAGGUGCGUUAGAAGCUCAGAGUAUGUAGUUGUAAGGGAAAACAAAGGAUUCUGUGGUAUCUGCAUGAAGACUAUAUUGCUUAUUGAGAAUGCAGCUGAUCCUACCAAAGAAAAGGUUCAAGUCGAUUUUGAUGAUCAAGGCAGCUGGGAGUAUCUUUUUAAGAUUUACUGGGUUUCUCUUAAAGAAAAGCUCUCGUUAACGUUAGAUGAUCUUUCCAAUGCAAGAAAUCCAUGGAAAUCUUCUUCUUCCACUGUUUCUAAGAGAAGAACUACUAGUCGGGUUCAUGAAAAGGGCAAUGGGAAUUCUCCUGAGGUUAUGAAAGUAAGUCGCGCUAAAGUAAGGAAGAUGGAAACUGCUUCUGUGAUUAAGUUGGGUCCUUCUUUGGAUAACAGACUCCCACCAUUGACUAGUGCCACUGCGUGGGCAACAGAUGAGCUCCUGGACUUUGUGCGGUAUAUGAAAAACGGUGAUGCUUCAGUCUUAUCAAAGUAUGAUGUCCAAACUCUCGUGCUAGAGCAUGUGAGACGGAAUAAUCUACAAUCUUCUCCUCAGAAUUCUGAUAUAAUGUGUGACGCUAAGCUUAUGAGAUUGUUUGGAAAGGAGCGAGUGGAUCAUUUUGAAAUGUUGAAGCUUCUUGAUUCUCACUUCCGCCAUCAAGAGAGAUCUCCAGUUACAGAUACCUCAGCCGGAGCAGUCACUGAAACUAUGUCCUUCCGGGUCGAUGCUAGUAGAAGCUGUGAUAGGUUGAAUGCGUCUGCACAGUAUCAAGAUAGGUUGAAUGGAUCUGUACAUCAUCAAGAAGGAGAGUCACAGCAAUUGAACGUGCACAAUAGUCAGGUUAGACCUUCCAGUUCUAAUAGCAGAAACCAUGCUGUUGUAAAACCUGAAACAUGCGCCACUGUGUCCAAUAAGCCAAUUGAUGGCCUGGAUACGAAUAUGGUAUGGUUAUAUGGAGAUCCAGAUGGGAAGAUUCACGGACCAUUUUCCUUACUUAACCUGCGACAAUGGAAUUCAAGCGGGCAUUUCCCACCUGAGUUGAGAAUAUGGAGGUUAGGUGAACAGCAAAACAGCUCCAUACUUCUGACCGACGCACUAAAUGGGCAGUUCCAUAAAACAGGGUUUUUACAAAAUCAUUCUAUCCCCAAGAAGGAAGUGACAGCUCCUAUAGCUAACGAUCAACACAGGUCUGUGGCUGUUCCUAAACUAGAGAGUAGAAUACUGGACUUCAGCCCCAACUCAGUGUGUACUGACCAGAGUGUCAUUUCUAGCAGUAACAGUGUCAUCACAAGGAGCUCGGAUGUGAGUAACAAAAGCGGAAACAACUUUAGCCUCAACGUGCCAUUGGACUUUUCUCUAUCUAAUGAAAGGGAUAAUGUUGGUUCUGCCUCUCUCUGGAACAAAAGAAAAGUUGAAAGUCCUCUGCUUGUACAAAGCCCAAUAAGCUGUUCGCUUUCGCUCUCUACGUUACCCGGAAACUCAAACUGCUCUAUGCCACCACAUGAAAGAUGGAAUGCUGGUCAAACAGAUUUAGAUGGAAACAAUGCAGCAAUGAAUGCUUGCAAUCAAAACGGUAGUCUUAGCGGCUCAGGUGAGAAACAACAUGUCACGGCUACGGUCCAGUCAUGUGGACAGAACUGGAAUGCUGCAACUCCAAGCAGUGCUUCAAAUGUGUGGGAUUCUAACUCGGGUUUGGCGUCUUUCCCAGACAAUCAAGAAAUAGACUUUUUAGAUCUCUUUAGUCCAAGUUUCAAAUUCAACUUCGCAUCUACUUCCACGGAUUGGCAACCGAUUGUGGCUGGACCAGACGAAUGGUGGUGCAUAUGAAGAAGAUAUAUAUGAUACAAAAUGUGUUUCUUCUCGGUAUUUUUGGCUGCACCCACCACCAUUGUUUUUUCUCUCUCGGUAUUUAGGUGUUGUAAACGUUGUCCUGUGUUAAGAUUUGCACAGACAUACCCAACUUGUGUAUUUUUACAUUGUUUGUACUUGGGAAGAAGAAGUAUAAAAAUGAUUGUCCAUGGGGAUGUACGUAAUCAAAAACAUUGUAGGGGUCAUGAGCUUAUUAUUCUAUAUAUGAUAAUGAUAGUGUAACGUUUCAUUCU